AUGGUCAAGCUCACCGAAGUCGAGGACGAGCACUUCGCCCAGGAGAAGCCCCAGGCUAGCAAGAACAACGUCCUUCUGGCCUCGGAUGACGAGGACGACUACACCGAUACCGAAUCCGAAAUCUCUACCGAGUCCGAUCUUGAACUCGACAGUGAGACUCUGUACGAACGUUUGGUCGCUUUGAAAGAUGUGAUUCCUCCUUCCGCCCGCCGUCAAAUCACCAACUCUGUUUCCUACGUCACCUCUUUCACAAAGUCUAGCAUUUCCUUCAGCGGCAAGGCGCUGUGGAUUAUCAGCACCAGUGCUUUCCUCCUUGGUGUUCCAUGGGCUCUUGCCUACGCUGAAGAGGAGCAAUACAUCCAGAUGGAGCGCGAGCAGGGCAUGAUCAAGGGUGCCAAUGAGAUGCUCGCCCCUGGCCUUCCCUCGGCGGAGCAGAAGGAGGCUCAGCCUUCCCUGUAA